AUGCCCACUAUCUCGGUCGACAAGGCCGCUCUCUUCAAGGAGCUGGGCCGGGAGUAUACCACGGAGGAAUUCGAUGAGUUGUGCUUUGAAUUUGGCAUUGAGCUCGACGAAGAUACCACAGACCAGAACCGCCCGAUCGUCGACGGAGUGCAAGAGCCGCCGCAGCUCAAGAUCGAGAUCCCAGCCAACCGAUAUGAUUUACUGUGCUUCGAGGGAAUUGCGCUGAUGCUCAACAUCUUCCUCGGCCGCAAGCCUCUGCCCGAGUACAAGUUGACCCAGCCCGCUCAACUCCAAGAGAUUAUUGUCAAGGAAGACACCUCCAAGAUCAGACCUUACGUGUCCGGUGCCAUCCUCCGGGGUGUCAAGUUCGACAAGGCUCGCUAUGAGUCCUUCAUUGCCCUUCAAGAUAAGCUGCACCAGAACCUGGCGCGCCAACGGACCCUGGUUUCAAUUGGUACCCACGAUUUGGACACCGUCAAGGGCCCCUUCACCUACGAGGCUCUGCCCCCCAAGGACAUCAAAUUUAUCCCGUUGAACCAGACCCAGGAGAUGAAUGGCGAGGAGUUGAUGAACUUCUACGAGAAACACCAGCAAUUGGGCAAGUACCUGCACAUCAUUCGUGACUCCCCAGUGUACCCGGUUAUCUACGACUCGAGCCGAACUGUUUGCUCUCUCCCCCCUAUCAUUAACGGCGACCACUCGAAGAUCACUAUGGAUACUACCAAUAUCUUCAUUGAGAUCACCGCUCUCGACCGGACGAAGCUCGAGAUUGUGAACCGGAUGAUGGUCACCAUGUUCUCUCAGUACACCUCGGAACCGUUCACUAUUGAGCCAGUCAAGAUUGUGUCAGAGCACAACAACGAGACCCGCAUCACCCCCGACCUCUCUCCCCGCACCGCCGAGGCGGAAGUGUCCUACAUCAACCAAUGCUGUGGCUUGAACCUCACUGCCGUUGAUAUCAGCAACUACUUGAGGAAGAUGGCUUUCCGCGCCAAGCCCUCGAUUAACAAGCCCGAUGUUGUUGACGUUGAGAUCCCUCCAACCCGCGCCGAUGUUCUCCACCAGUGCGACAUCAUGGAGGACGUCGCUAUCGCCUACGGUUUCAACAAUCUCCCCCGCUCGUUCCCCAGCAAAUCAGGUACCAUCGCCCAGCCCCUACCAAUCAACAAGCUCUCCGACAUUAUCCGUGUGGAAACUGCCAUGGCCGGCUGGUCCGAAGUGCUGCCUCUGAUCCUGUGCUCGCACGACGAGAACUUCGGCUGGUUGAACCGCAAGGACGACGGCAACACCGCCGUCAAGCUGGCCAAUCCCAAGACCUCCGAGUUCCAGGUUGUCCGUACCAGUCUGCUUCCCGGUCUGUUGAAGACUAUCCGUGAGAACAAGGCCCACAGCGUGCCCAUGAAGAUCUUCGAGGUCAGCGACGUCGCCUUCAAGGACCUGUCUCUUGAGCGCAAGAGCCGCAACGAGCGUCACUACGCCGCUGCCUUCUACGGCAAGAGCAGUGGUUUCGAGAUUGUGCACGGUCUUAUGGACCGCGUGAUGGCGAUGCUGAAGAGCGCUUUCAUCACUGCCGAAGAGGGUUUGAUCAAUCCCGCUGCCAGCCACUCGCACUACUACAUCAAGGAGCUGAAUGACCGCACUUUCCUCCCUGGCCACGCCGCCUCCGUCCACCUCCGCAUCGGCGGCAAGGACCAUGUCAUUGGCAACUUCGGUAUCCUGCACCCCGAGGUCCUCGAGAAGUACGAACUCAAGUACCCUGUCAGCACCCUGGAGCUCAACAUCGAGCCCUUCCUGUAG